AUGGCAGAAUUUUACAAGCUUAUUCACCAGCGUGCAAGUGUUCCAAUUGCUCUGUCUGCAUUAGAAAAUGCCGUCGUCUUAGAUGUAACCGAAUUUAUCGAGCAGUUGGAAGUAAUACGUUCAAGAAACCCGUUCUACCUCAAGAAACUUUUAAAAGCACUGUGUGACCACAGUGAGCUACUAGAUGGCGAAUCCAGCUCAGGUGUGAAAUUGAUUAACAAGGGCCUGGAACUCAGUGAAUGGGUAUUCGAACAGUAUGUGGAACUUCUUUCAGUUCCUGCACCGGAUCCAGCAAACUUCAAAGAUAUUAUUCGAUACACUUUGGGGCCAGAAGUUGCAUUGGAAGUGGAAGAGCAGCCGUUUUUGCUGAGUGCUUCAGGUACCACCGGUUUUAGAACCUGGGAAGCUGCGCUGUUUUUGGGCGAGCUGAUAGCCCAAAAUGCAUCGAUUUUGGGAGAUCUGGAUCCUGUUUCUAAAGUGCUGGAACUGGGUGCUGGGACUGGUCUUGUGAGCAUGGCAUGGGCCAAAGUGCAUGGUUCACAUACCAGCGAGCUGUACAUAACUGAUGGAGACUCACGCUUAAUCGAGCAAAGCGCAUAUCCCAACUUCAAGCUAAAUGGGCUAAAAUCGAGUGAUAAAUACAAAUUCCAGCGAUUGUGGUGGGGGGAGGAUACUGUGCCUGACGUGGAUGUGGUACUUGCUGCAGAUGUUACUUAUGACAAAACAGUUGUACCGAGUCUUGUGGAGACUCUAGCUUCAGCGCUGCAUAAUGGUGCCAAACUUGCACUAAUAGCGGCAACGGUACGUAAUGAAGGGACGUUGGCGGAAUUCGAGAACCAAUGUGAAAGAAAGGGCCUGGAGACGGAAAUAGUGGGUGUGAAGGAAACCGAUUUGGCCCCAAUACGGAUCUACAGACUAAGCGUGUUGGAUAUCAAGACACCGCCUCCACUAGACAACACCUGA